AAUACUAUCUAGUUCUUUUGCUAAAUAAAAAAAAAUGUUUCUACAACGAUUACCAAUUUGUACAAUUUUACAAUUUGUGUAAACUACGUGCAAGUUCAAAUUUAUAUUGACGUGAUGACAUACUUAGAUAUGCCUUUAAACAAUUUUAGACUUAUGUUGAUUUAAGAUAUCAUGAUUUUACAAGUGUUCUUAUAAUACUGGACUGGAUUAAAAUUAGAACAUUCGGAACCAAUAACCACUGUCGACGCUGACAACAAAGAUACUAAAGAUUUUUUCAAUCUAAAAGGAGAGCGACGACAUUACAAAUGGUGUAGUCCAAAACUAAAUAUGGCGCUUGAAUUGAAAUGAAAACAGCAGCGAGUGGCAGCUCCACUGUGGUGGCAGCCAUAUUGAUUGAAGUGAUCACGUGAUCAAAACACACAGUUCGUUGCAAUAUGGCGAACUAGACUUUUUACUGAACAGUUGUGUUUUGUCAUGUUUACUUUUGUGAUUAUUUAAAAGAAUUUUUCUUAUGUGAUUAUUAAUAUGAUAUCGGCUAUAAUUUCCCGAUUAGUUAUAUUGGUAUUCGGCACUCUCUACCCGGCUUACGCCUCAUAUAAAGCUGUGCGAACGAAGAAUUUGAAAGAAUACGUAAAAUGGAUGAUGUACUGGAUAGUCUUCGCUCUUUUCACAUGCACAGAGACCUUCACCGAUGUGUUCCUAUCAUGGUUCCCGUUUUAUUACGAAGUGAAGAUUGUGCUGGUUCUGUGGUUAUUGUCGCCGGCGACCAAGGGCUCCUCUAUACUGUACAGGAAGUUCGUCCACCCAGCGUUAUGCAGAAGGGAACAGGAAAUAGAUGAAUACAUUGCAAAGGCCAAAGACCAGGGUUACCACACCGUGCUAAACUUGGGCACGAAGGGCGUCAAUUACGCCACAACAGUCAUAAUGCAGACUGCCAUAAAGGGUGGUGGCGGUCUAGUACAACAACUGAGGAAGAGCUACAGUUUAUCAGAUUUGACUGAGUGUGAACCACGUGAGGAGAGAGGCGCCGAUGAAGCGGAUGAUGUAAUGACUGAGCCGCGACUUAUAAAGCGAGCCGCUAAGAGUGGGUUCAGUACACGACGCAGUGCAUCUGAAUCAAAUAGCCGCUCACCAAUGUACUUUCCGGAAGUGGAUGUGGACGUUAGAAGCACACGUUCCAGUAGGAGCGACGAGCCUGAUUUUAGUCAUAUAAAAUCGUCAGAAGACAUAAGCUCGGGAUACUCGAGUGCAGACAAUUCGGGUGCUUUAUCUCGCACGGGGUCGGUGGGCGGGCGCGGCCGGCGGCCAGCCACUCGUACCACUACCAUCAAACGCCCGCAAGCAGCCGAGGAAAGUGAAGUAAUCAUCGAGGAGCCACAUGACGACGAUAUUUUUGAAUAUGCGAAUAUGCCCCCUCUCUUUAAUAUUCCAUCUCCUCUUUACUUGUCCCAUUCUGAUCCACCAUUUUUAUAUCAAUAUAUUGGAGAUCAAAUUAAAAUAGUGCAGGUUUUGGGAAAUUUACCUUUAAAUACAAAUGCUAACAAUAAAACGAAUGAUUUUAGACAGCGAGACGAAAAACAAAAUAUAAAUGAUGAUAUCGAAUCAAAUGAAAGCCUAAAGGCUAAGAUAAGACGUAAUGUCGCUGAAAUGAUUAUGGAAUUAUCAAAUGAUAACGAUGGUGUAAAAGUGACAGAGGUUCCAGUUGAAACUGGAGAGAAAGAUGUAAAUAAAACUCUAGAUUCUGAAAAUAUUAAUCCACCAAAUAGCGAAUCUUUAGACGUUCCAUGUAUAAAAUCUAUUGAAAAAGAAUGUGUAAUUGACUGUAAAACAGAGUUAAAUACAGCAUCUCCUAAUAUCGAUACUUCUCAUAAUGAUGACUCCGCUGAGAGUGAUGAUGAAGCAUCAUUCGGUACACCAGAAAAUUCACCUAAGAGUAAAAGAAAGUCUCCAAGAGGAAAAUAUGGUAAAGCAAAAGCACCAUUACCACCACCCAACGUAUAUUUACCAGACGACGAUAAAGAGCUAUCGGAUAAAAUAAUAGAAUGUGCCAUUAGUACAACUUCUCAAGAAAGUUUAACUGAUAUAGUAAAUAAACUACCAAAUAACGCUUUUAAAGACGUUACGACAAAUCAUGGCUUACAAGUCGUUAAUCCUAUAGCGGAAAAAAAGAGACGUCAUAAAUCAAAAUCUCCUAGUAGAAUCCCUAAGGCCCACAGUUCAGGCAUAGGAAAAUUAUUGCACUUACCAGGUAAAUUAGCUUUUUGGCAAAAAACUGAUGAUAAACCUAAAUCUGACACAAUAUCGACUUCAUCAGGAGAACGUAGUAGGAGAUCAUCAGCAAAUAUUGAGCGUCAAAUUGAUGAAUUUCAAAGCUGCUCUGAACUUGACAAACUUGUAAAUAUAACUGAUGAUUCUGAUUCUUUUCAGACAGAAAAUAAUAAUGAUACUCUUAGUUUUAAAGAUAUAGCAGACUUUGAAAAUGAAAUUAUUUCUCAAGACAUUAUAGAGAAAAGUGAUGCUUUACAGAAACUUAUUACUGCAAAAAUAGAGAGCCACCCGGAAUAUAAAUAUGUUUCCUUACAUGAAGAAAUUCCAACCACAUCGAAAAGUACAGAUGUCUAAUGCUUUCCCAGUCCUGAAUGCAUAUUCGUACAAGCAGGAGUUAAUUAAACAGCAAUGCUGUCGGCCUCUGCUACAAUACCUCGCGCAAAAAAAUCUAGUAAAAGGAAAACACAAUAAACAUAAUACAUUUACCCAAAUGCUU